UCCGAUGCUCAGAGAGGCAGGAAACGGGGCCAGCCAGGGGGACUCGAGAGCGGCUGCACUUUCCUGUCCCCCCGCCGAGGAGAGCGGAGGAGCAGCGGCCAGUGGCCUGGCGAGUUUCCCCGGAGAGGAGCCGGAUUCCGGUGCAGGGACGGAGCGAGGAGUCAGAGCAGUGUAGUGUAAAAAUGGAAGAGCAGGGGCCGAGAAGACCCAUUCAAACUGAGAGACUGGAGUCCAAAGGAAAAAGAUCUCCUGCAGGCAAAGUUGAGACCUUCAGGGAUCUUCUGCCUUGUGCAGAUUUAUGUCAAAUUAAGCAGGAGGAAGAGGAGGGGCAGCCGCAGCAGCACUGGGAUACCCAGGAUUUCCUGAAGACGAUGCACCCUCCUCGUUCAAGCUGGGAAACCCCACAGGCUCCCAGUCCUCCCUACUCCGGGGAUGGUGUCCUCCCGGCCUCCUUCAGGGGAGCUGCAGAAGUCAGUCAAUGGCCCAGUGGGAGAGCACAGGGGACAGACCAGACCCUGCUCCCAGACACUGAGGGGGUUCCGGGAAACGAAUCGCGGCCUGUGGAAGAUGUGGUUAUUAAGUCCCCAAAGUCUGAGGAGGAUCCCUUGGACACAGAAAACAUCCACCUCUCUGCAAAGGCUGAGGGAGAGAGUGAAGAAGAGGCCAGGUUUCGGGGUCAGAAUUCUUUGGAGCCAUCUGUGAAUUCAUUGGGAAGAACAAAGAAACCGUUUAAAUGCAUGGAAUGUGGGACGUGCUUUAGUCAAAGUGGAAGACUGAGGAUACACCAACGAACUCACACAGGGGAGAAACCAUUUAAAUGUACUGAAUGUGGAAAGAACUUCAGUGCAAGUGGAUCACUUAGAGUACACCAACGAACUCACACAGGGGAGAAACCAUUUAAAUGUAUUGAAUGUGGUAAGAGCUUUAGUCAAAGUGGAGCACUAAGAGUACACCAACGAACUCACACAGGUGAGAAACCAUUUAAAUGUAUGGAAUGUGGAAAGAGAUUCAGUCAAUAUGGGCAGCUUAGAAUACAUCAACAAACUCACACAGGGGAGAAACCAUUUAAAUGUAUUGAAUGUGGAAAGAGCUUCAGUGAAAGUAGAGCACUUAGACUACAUCAACGAACUCACACAGGGGAGAAACCAUUCAAAUGUAUGCAGUGUGGAAAGAGCUUCAGCAAUAGUGGAUCACUUAGAAUACAUCAACGAACUCACACAGGGGAGAAACCAUUUGAAUGUAUGCAGUGUGGAAAGAGCUUCAGGAGAAGUGGAGCACUUAGAGUACACCAACGAACUCACACAGGGGAGAAACCAUUUAAAUGUAUGGAAUGUGGAAAGAGAUUCAGUAAAAAUGAAACUCUUAUAAUACAUAAACGAACCCACACAGGGGAGAAACCAUUUAAAUGUAUGGAAUGUGGAAAGAGCUUCAGUGAAAGUAGAGCACUUGGAAUGCAUCAAAAAACUCACACAGGGGAGAAGCCAUUUAAAUGUAUUGAAUGUGGAAAGAGCUUCAGCAAUAGUGGAUCACUUAGAAUACAUCAACGAAGUCACACGGGGGAGAAACCAUUUGAAUGUAUGCAGUGUGGAAAGAGCUUCAGGAAACGUGGAACACUUACAAUACAUCAACGAAUUCACACAGGGGAGAAACCAUUUAAAUGUAUUGAAUGUGGUAAGAGCUUCAGUGAAAGUGGGGCACUUAGAAUACAUCAACGAACUCACACGGGGGAGAAACCAUUUAAAUGUAUUGAAUGUGGUAAGAGCUUCAGUCAAAGUGGAAACCUUAGAACACACCAACGAACUCACACAGGGGAGAAACCAUUUAAAUGUAUUGAAUCUGGAAAGAGCUUUAAUCAAAGUGGAGACCUUAGAAUACACCAGCGAACUCACACAGGGGAGAAACCAUUUAAAUGUAUGGAAUGUGGAAAGAGCUUCAGUCGAUAUGGGCACCUUAGAAAACAUCAAGAAACUCAUACAGGGGAAAAACCAUUUGAAUGUAUGCAGUGUGGAAAGAGUUUCAGUGAAGGUGGAGCACUUAGAAUACAUCAACGAACUCACACGGGAGAGAAACCAUUUGAAUGUAUGGAAUGUGAUAAGAGCUUCAGUAAUAAUGAAGCACUUAGAAUACAUCAACGAACUCACACCGGGGAGAAACCAUUCAAAUGUAUUGAAUGUGGUAAGAGCUUCCGUGAAAGUAGAACACUUAGAAUACAUCAACGAACUCACACAGGGGAGAAACCAUUUGAAUGUAUUGAAUGUGGUAAGAGCUUCCGUGAAAGUAGAACACUUAGAAUACAUCAACGAACUCACACAGGGGACAAACCAUUUGAAUGUAUGCAGUGUGGGAAAUGCUUCAAUGAAAGUAGAACACUUAGGAUACAUCAACGAAAUCACACGGGAGAGAAACCAUUUGAAUGUAUUGAAUGUGGUAAGAGCUUCAGUGGAAGUGGAUCACUUACAAUACAUCAACGAAUUCACACAGGGGAGAAACCAUUUGCAUGUAUUGAAUGUGGAAAGAGCUUCAGUGAUAGUGGAACACUUAGAAAACAUCAACGAACUCACACAGGAGAGAAACCAUUUGAAUGUAUUGAAUGUGGAAAGAGCUUCAGUCAUAGUGGAGCCCUUAGAGUACAUCAACGAACUCACACCGGGGAGAAACCAUUUGAAUGUAUGCAGUGUGGAAAGAGCUUCAGGAAUAGUGGAACACUUAGAAGACAUCAACGAAUUCACACGGGUGAGAAGCCAUUUAAAUGUAUUGAAUGUGGAAAGAGCUUCAGUGCAAGUGGAGCACUUAGAAGACAUCAACAAACUCACACGGGGGAGAAACCAUUUAAAUGUAUGGAAUGUGGAAAGAGAUUCAGUAAAAAUGAAACUCUUAUAAUACAUCAACGAACUCACACAGGGGAGAAACCAUUUAAAUGUAUGGAAUGUGGAAAGAGCUUCAGUCAAAAUGGACACCUUAGAAGACAUCAGCUAACACACACACGAUGAAAAUGUGGAAACGGCUUCAGAGGAAGUGGAGACAGUAAUGUUGUUGUUGUUUAGUCGUUAAGUUGUGUCCGACUCUUUGUGACCCCAUGGACUAGAGCACGUCAGGCACUCCUGUCUUCCACUGCCUCCCGCAGUUUGGUGAGACUUAUGUUGGUAUCUUCAAGAACAGUGUCCAACCAUCUCGUCCUCUGUCGUCCCCUUCUCCUUGUGCCCUCAA